GUCCCUCGGCUCUCGUACACCCGCUCAAUUCUCUCUCGUCCGCCUUCGUCUCCGACGUGCCUGAAGAUCGCCUCGCAGCUUCAAUUCCUCCUACCCAUGAUGGCCUCUUCCUCUUCUUGCCACGUAAUCCCUCCGCGGAGCGAGCUUCUCCCUUCGCAUUCCAAUCGCGGUAAGUUCUCCCCUUCCUCGCGCGGCUCCGUCAAUUUCGCGGCCAAGUCAUGGCUCUCGAGUCCUCCGCCUCCGGCGGCGGGCGGAGGGCUCGGGGUUAAGGCGGCGAGGGUGCUCGGGUCCGGGCGCAAUGCCUUCGCCGACCCGGAAGAGAGCGGGGACGUCGGGGAGAGCUACGGCGGCCCGGACAAGAACGAGCAGUUCGUGCGCUGGUUUCGGGAGGCGUGGCCGUACUUCAGAGCUCACAGGGGCGGCACUUUCGUCGUCGUCAUCUCCGCCGAAAUCGUCGCUAGUCAGCACUUGGAUCCCGUUCUCAAGGAUAUUGCGCUCCUUCAUGGCUUGGGGAUUAGGUUUGUUCUUGUUCCAGGGACGCAAGCGCAGAUUGAUGAGCUCCUGGAGGAGAGAGGACAUGCGCCUAAAUAUGUUGGAAGAUACAGAAUAACAGACGCUGAAGCUCUGGAAGCAGCUAUGGAAGCAGCUGGAGGGACUCGUUUCAUGAUAGAGGCUAAACUAUCUCCUGGACCCCCAAUUUGUGGUAUACGCCGUCAUGGGGAUAGUAGCCGUUUGCAUGAAGUUGGUGUAAGUGUCGCAAGUGGCAACUUUCUUGCAGCCAAGCGAAGAGGAGUUGUUGAAGGUGUUGAUUAUGAGGCAACGGGUGAAGUAAAGAAAGUGGAUGUUUCUCGCAUUCGCGAGAGGCUUGAUGGUGGAUGUAUAGUUAUAUUAAGCAACCUGGGCUAUUCCAGCUCUGGAGAAGUUCUGAAUUGCAACACUUAUGAAGUCGCUACAGCUUGUGCUCCAGCUAUUGGUGCAGAGAAACUUAUUUGCAUUAUAGAUGGUCCAAUCCUUGAUGAAAAUGGACACCUUAUCAGAUUUUUAACCCUUGAUGAAGCAGACACGAUGAUAAGAAAACAAGUCAAGCAAAGUGAAACAGCAGCUAACUAUGUGGAAGCAGUUAGUCAAGGUGAUGCAUUUGGCACCUGCCUUGGAGACAAUAACUGUAAUGGAGCUGCUCCGCCGUAUAAUGGAAGUAGUUUCACACCUUCACAUAAUGGAAAGGGUUUCCUGGAGAAAGGGAAUGCUACCUUUCAAAAUGGUGUCGGUUUUGACAACGGAAAUGGACUUUGGGAAAGUGAACAAGGUUUUGCUAUUGGAGGUUUGGAACGUCAAAGUCGUUCAAACGGUUACCUGUCAGAGUUGAUUGUUGCUGCCUUGGUUUGCAGGCGUGGAGUUCAGAGGGUCCAUUUGGUAGAUGGCACCUUAGGUGGGGCUUUGUUGCUGGAACUCUUUCAGAGAGAUGGAAUUGGUACUAUGGUGGCUAGUGAUCUGUACGAGGGGACCAGAAUGGCGAGGGAGACGGACCUUUCUGGAAUUAGACAGAUAAUAAAACCUCUAGAAGAAUCUGGCAUAUUGGUCAGGAGGACAGAACAAGAGCUACUUGAAGCAUUGGACUUAUUCAUUGUGGUCGAGAGAGAAGGUCAGAUCAUAGCCUGCGCUGCUCUUUUCCCUUUCUUUGAGGAUAAGUGUGGGGAGGUUGCCGCAAUUGCAGUUUCUCCUGACUGCCGUGGACAAGGACAGGGAGAUAAAUUACUCGAUUAUAUUGAAAAGAAAGCAUCCUCUCUAGGGUUGGAGAUGCUUUUCUUGCUCACAACACGCACUGCAGAUUGGUUUGUGAGGCGUGGCUUCUCGCAGUGCUCCAUUGAUCUGAUACCGGAGAAGAGAAGGAAAAGGAUCAAUCAGUCCCGCAACUCCAAGUAUUACACAAAGAAGCUGGCGCCCAACACAAGCGGAAUUAGAGUUCUCAACUGAAUAUCGUCUCUGCUGGAGGUUUGCUGUAGCAAUAGGUAUGUAGCUUUUCAAAUCGCUGUGUUUCCCCCAUUGCCAAAUUGUUUUGGCUGUGAUGCCAAACCAGAGUCCUUCCCCGCCUGUUGCUAUUUUUUUCCCACUUGUAAUGAAGCGCCUUAGGCAGGAGAUGCAAUUAACAAUUGCACAACUUAGU